AUGACCCAGGUCCCGACUGCGCCCCGCGCGCACCUCCGAACACCCCUCACCCGACGCCGGGUCAGACGAGGAUACCCCAGAACUUGGGGGGUAUGUGUCAGUCCCCCCCCGUCUCCCGGCGACCCUCCUCCCCGCGGCCCCCGCGCCCUCUCCCGCUGGUCGCCGGUGGAAGGAGGCGGCAGGGAAGGCGCCCGGCACCCGGACCCCGCGCCCCCCACGGGCGCCCCCGGAGCCUGCCAGGGUGCAGGGGUGGGGUCUCCGCUGCCGCCCGCCCCUUACCUCGCGCGGCCCUCCCCGCGGGUCCCGGAGGCGGGGGGCGCGGGGCCCCGUGGACAGAGCGGGGCGGCCCUGGGGCCCGGAGGCGGGGAGGGCCGGGCUUUGUGUGGCCUCCCGCCCGCCCCACCCCCGCCCAGCCCCGGCGCCAGCAGCGGGUGGGACGGGGGCGGUGAAGGCGCCUGCGCGGCGCGGCUCCCGCCACCCCCAGCCCGUGCGGCCGCGCGGCCCCCGCGCUUACCCCGUGGCCGCACGGCCCGGCGCUCGCGGGCACCCGCGGGGCCAGAGAGUUUCUCCGGCCCGGACUCGCGUGGCCGUGUGCUCUCCUGCACCCCAGGGCGCCACCCCCCGGGAGACCCUGCCCAUUGCACCCCGCCCCCCCCCCCCGCCAGACCCUGUCUAGCGUCCCCCCUCCCUCCCGCGGCCCCUCCCGCGGCCCCUCCCGGGAAACCCUGCCCCGCGGAGCUCCCCCCGCGCCCGCCGCCCGGGCCGGCAGGAAGUCCCCCGGAUCCGACGCGCUCCAGGCGUCUCAGGGACCGUCGAGGGCCACCCCGCCGGGCUUGGGCUCCAUCCCCCGUGCGAGGCCUCCUGGCCGGCCCGGGAGCCGAGCGGCGGGGAGACGGCUGCCCGGAGCUGCCAGACCUUCGGCCCGAGAAAGACGGCCAGGCCGGGCAGCAGCGCGGGACGUCGGGGUCAGGCUCCGACGGGGACCAGCUGCGUCCGAGCCAGGCCUGUCCCUGUGUGGAGAGCAUAGAGGCCUGUUUGGAGCCGAUGCGGAAAAUUGAACUGGACUGGAGCCUCAUUUUUGGUUCAUACGCUGGUGCAGCGCUCUGCUGUAUCUAUUCCACUUGGUGUUGGUACUUGUGA